CCGCCUCCGGCCCUCAACCGAUCCGAUCUACCUGAAUAUCUUUCUCUCCCAAGGAAAAAAAAAAAACCCGCCUCCUCGCUCCCGAUUCCAUCGCCCGCGCUUCCAAUCUCCCCUGAUUCGAUUGGCAGCGGCGGCAAGGAGGUAGAUGAGGAAGCGGGAGCGGGAGAACCCGUGCGGGAUCUGCGGGCACUACCACAAGUACGAGGAGGGGGAGGUGUGCGGGGUGUGCGGCCACCGCCCCCCGGUGGCGGCCGCGGCGGGGGCGGGGAGGCAGCAGGACUCGGUGUUCCCAUCCGAGAUCCUCAAGGAGUUCAUCUUCCUCGGCAGCUACGACAACGCCUCCCGCUCCGAGCUCCUCAAGACCAUCGGCGUCUCCCACAUCCUCAAUACGGUACCUUUAUGCCAAAACCUUUACCGGAAUUCAUUCACUUAUCACUGCCUUCAAGAUGACAAGACUCUGCAGUUUGAUGAAGCAAUCCAGUUUCUAGAACAAUGUGAGAGGGAGAAAGCGCGUGUUCUAAUCCAUUGUAUGUCAGGGAAAAGUAGGUCAGCAGCAUUUGUAAUAGCCUUCUUGAUGAAGUCCAGAGGGUGGAGAUUGGCACAAAGUUUUCAGUGGGUGAAAGAGCGGAGACCACAAGUCCAACUAUCUGAUGUGGCACAGCAGCAGCUCAUUGAGUAUGAGAAGAAGCUUUUCGGUUCCAAUAUCGGUUUGCCAGCUCAAUCUUUUGCUCCAACAGAUUCGUUCCCUUCUCUUGGGUUUGGUUUUCCAAAGCUGGCAGGUGACGUCCAAGUGCCUACCUUUAACCAGCAGGCUCCAGCGUCCAUCUUUGAGCGCGUCAGCCCAAACAACAUCCCUAGUAAUUUCACAUUUGGAGCUGAAAGAACUAAUGAAGUGAAACUCCCAGAUAGCAGUAGUUUUGGUGUGGUGAACCCAUCUGGGAGCGAUAGCAUGAUGGAUAGCUCCUAAGAUGUUUCUGCUUGCUCCAAUGCCAUUGGUACAGAAAAGGAAAAUUUACUUGGAUUUCUCGGGAUGUUUUAGAUUUCUGAGGAGGAAACAUGCAUUUUUGUACAAUGAUUUUACAGUAUGUGCAAGCAUUUUGACCGUUGCUAUUGUGCGUUUUAACAAACAUGUAUGUGCUUUUAUGGAGCUUUUCGAGUGUAAUUCAAGUGAACUGAAAUUACGCUGGAAGUUUGACUAA